CCCUCACUGACAGGUCAGAGUCCAACUUUCUAGUAGUUUUUAAUAACUUUUUUGGGUUGUAAUAUUUUUAAUUUGUAUUUAUUUUUGCAGAAAUAAGUAGAAAAUUCAAUAUAAGCCGCUAUUAAUAUAAAGAGAGUCAUGGCAUCGCAAGUGGCAAAAUCUUUUAUAAAAGCGGCUCGUCCGUCUUCCACCGCGAAAUUCGACACGGCCAGGCGAGCUUUGAGUGUGGGAGCAGCUUUACAUCAGAAGAAAACUCUGCCAGACAAGACCGGCAAGAAUGUGGUACUUGUGGAUGGAGUCAGGACACCAUUCUUGGUUUCGUUUACAGACUAUGCCAAGAUGAUGCCACAUGAACUGGCCAGACAUUCUUUACUUGGCCUGCUCCAGAAAACCGGUGUAUCCAAGGAGAUUAUAGACUACAUAGUCUAUGGUACAGUCAUCCAGGAGGUGAAGACAUCGAACAUUGGACGAGAAGCUGCCCUGGCUGCUGGCUUCAGUGACAAGACACCCGCUCACACUGUCACCAUGGCUUGCAUAUCAUCUAACCAAGCUAUUACCACUGGCGUGGGCAUGAUAGCAGCCGGUGCCUACGAUGUGAUUGUAGCCGGUGGUGUGGAGUUCAUGUCGGACGUGCCCAUCCGUCACUCGCGCAAGAUGAGAGCCUUGCUGCUGAGACUCAACCGCGCCAAGACUCCGGCUCAGAGGCUGUCGCUCAUAGCCAGCAUUCGACCUGACUUCUUCGCGCCUGAGCUGCCGGCCGUGGCCGAGUUCUCGUCGGGCGAGACGAUGGGCCACAGCGCCGACCGGCUGGCGGCCGCGUUCGGCGCGUCGCGCGCGGAGCAGGACGAGUACGCGCUGCGCUCGCACGCGCUGGCGGCCGCCGCGCAGCGCGCCGGGUACUUCACCGACCUCAUCCCCGUCAAAGUGGAGGGCAAGGACGGUUUGGUGGACAAAGACAACGGGAUCCGAGUGUCGACUCCCGAGCAGCUCGCCAAGCUGAGACCAGCCUUCAUCAAGCCGCACGGCACCGUCACUGCCGCCAAUGCCUCAUUCCUCACGGACGGCGCGUCGGCGUGUCUCGUGAUGUCGGAGGCGAAGGCUAAGGAGCUCGGACUGAAGCCCAAGGCCUAUCUGCGGGACUUCACCUAUGUUGCCCAGGAUCCCGUGGACCAGCUGCUGCUUGGACCCGCAUACGGCAUCCCCAAGAUCCUGGACAAAGCCGGACUCAAGCUCAGCGACAUCGACACCUGGGAGAUUCACGAGGCCUUCGCUGGUCAAAUUUUGUCCAACUUGAAGGCUCUGGACUCUGAUUGGUUCGCUCAGACUUAUCUCGGACGUCAAUCUAAGGUGGGAUCUCCCGAUUUAGACAAAUGGAACAAAUGGGGUGGUUCCCUGUCUAUCGGACAUCCCUUCGCUGCCACCGGGGUGCGGCUGGCUAUGCACACCGCGCACAGACUGGUGCGCGAGGACGGCCAGCUCGGCCUCAUCUCGGCGUGCGCGGCCGGCGGGCAGGGAGUCGCCAUGCUGCUCGAGAGGCAUCCCGACGCGACUGCCAACUAGACCAUCGCAGGAGAGUAAUGAUGCGUAAAAUGUUAAAUUAUCCACAGAACCGAUAGUAUCUAGAUUAAAAUAUUAAUUUUUCUAAUCUCAUUCAAAUUGUAUGGACGUCAUUGGACAAAUUAAUUUUUUUCGUAUUAAAACUCUCAACUCGAGUUACCUCCACGAAAUUUAGCAUGCAAAUUAACUUUGUUCAUUAUUUAAUAUACUAAUGACUACUUAAAUUUGAAUUUGGAACGGAAACUAAAGGUGCUUAGUCUACUGUUAGUCGUAAACAACAUUACAAAUAUUUUAUUGAAAUAUAAAAUAAUUUAAACUUCGUUAUAAAUCAUUACUCUUAAUUUAAAAUUGUAUUUUUGUGUAAAUCCUUUGACAUCUUCCUAUCGAGCCAAAAUAUUUGUAUUCGGCGAUUUGUGGCUCUCAUUUACGUUUUAUUAAACUCGAUAUGUCGAAAUUAUGUUAAUCAUUCUCCAUGUUAUUAGUAGUUAAGAGAAAAUGUAUGUAUUUUUGAUGAUUAUUUAUAGAACUGCUUGUUUAAUAAAUAUAAAACAAUAAAAGAUGUUUUCUUUCUUGUAA